GCGCGUGUGCGUCCGCGCGCUUGUGUCAGUACCGAGACGAGCGCUAGCGGAGGCAGCAGUGGCGCAUCUCGCAUAUCUGCCGCUGGAAUAUAACGGCUGCUUUAGGAUGUGAACGGGUUUCGGCCUCGUCACCGGCCAAAGCUUCUGUUUUCCCAUGACAAACAGAUGCGACAAGAGAGCGAGCGCGCGCAAGAGUGUGCGGUACAGGGGAGCGGAUAGAUAAUCGGUAUUAUUAUGAGAAAAGAGGACGGGGUUGUCGGAGCCGUAUUUGUUUUGCUCGCGGAGAUGAGGCGGGGGGUAGCGAGUCGCUACAAAAUCGUUGGGCUCCGGCCAAGCAUUACUCUGUUUUAGCACAUAUAUACCGCCGCGCUUGCGUUUACAUCGUCAACAGACGCGUUUGAUCGUCACGGUUUGCAUCGCAGAAAAAUAAUGCAGCUGUCUCGAGGACAUCUGUGAGAUUUGCGGACUGCUGUUGCCGCUGCCAUGACAGACGCAGGCUUUACCGAGCAGGCGGUGUGAGACAAGCACGGCCCCAGCUGCAGCAGCACGGCCGAUGUGGGCAGCGUUUACCGGGGGAGAUUAAAUCUGUAAAUACUGUUCGCGCUAUUCCUCUUUAAUCGUUUGCAAUCUCAGGGAAAAUGUCCUCUCGGUCUGCUUUACCUUCUGCGAACGACCGGAGCACAGAUCAUCAUGCGUCUCUGGUGGCGAGUCGUUCAGAGAAGGGGACGAAUGUGUCAAGUCGUUCACUGGGUGCCAGAUGUCGUAACUCCAUGGCCUCCUGCUCAGACGAGUUGCCACACAUCGGAAACUACCGGCUCCUUAAAACCAUCGGCAAGGGCAACUUUGCUAAAGUCAAACUAGCCCGCCACAUCCUCACAGGCAAAGAGGUUGCAAUAAAGAUUAUCGACAAGACACAGUUGAACCCAACCAGCCUACAAAAGCUGUUCAGAGAAGUGCGGAUCAUGAAGACUCUCCGUCACCCCAACAUUGUGCAACUCUUUGAGGUCAUUGAAACAGAGAAGACGCUUUAUCUUGUAAUGGAAUAUGCAAGUGGAGGUGAGGUGUUUGAUUACCUGGUGUCUCAUGGGAGAAUGAAAGAAAUUGAGGCUAGAGCCAAAUUCAGACAGAUUGUGUCAGCUGUUCAUUACUGUCAUCAGAAGAAUAUAGUUCACAGAGAUCUGAAGGCAGAGAAUUUGCUUUUGGAUGCAGAUGCUAACAUAAAGAUAGCAGACUUUGGCUUUAGUAAUGAGUUUACGCUGGGGAAUAAGUUGGACACCUUCUGCGGUUCCCCGCCAUAUGCAGCUCCAGAGUUGUUUCAAGGAAAAAAGUAUGAUGGGCCAGAGGUGGACAUUUGGAGCCUGGGUGUCAUCCUGUAUACGCUGGUCAGCGGGUCUCUUCCUUUUGAUGGACAGAACCUCAAGGAGCUGCGUGAGCGAGUGUUGAGGGGGAAGUACCGUGUACCCUUCUACAUGUCUACAGACUGUGAGGGGAUUCUGCGCAGGUUUCUUGUGCUUAAUCCCAGCAAACGUUGCACUCUAGAGCAAGUGAUGAAGGAUAAGUGGAUGAAUGCAGGGUAUGAGGGCGAUGAGCUGAAGCCCCACAUUGAGCCAGCAGAGGACUACAGUGACCCCAACCGCAUUGAGAUUAUGGUCGGGAUGGGUUUUACUACAGAAGAAAUUAAGGACUCUUUACUCAAUCAGAAAUACAAUGAAGUCACGGCUACAUAUCUACUGUUGGGACUGAAGACUGAGGAUGGUGCUGAGUCACGAGUUAGCGGCAGUAUGACAUUGCCACGGGUGCGUCCAAGCCCAAUGACCAAUGGAACCAACAAACACUCCUCUUCAUCAUCUUCCUCUUCCUCACAUAGCAAGACUCAGCGCAGCGCCUCUACCUACCACCGCCAGCGACGGCACAGUGACUUCUGUGGUCCUAGCAUGCCCGUGAUGCACCCUAAGCGUAGCCCGACCAGUGGUGGAGAUCGUGAGCUGCGUGAGAGCCGCAUGCCACCGAGGAAGGCCAGCUGUAGUGUAAUGGGCAGCCGAACCCUACCACCAUCUAGUCCAAUGGUCAGCACCGCCAACAACCCCAACAAGGCAGAGAUACCUGAUCGGCGCAAGGAGAUGACCGCCACCACAAACAAUAUCCCAGGAAGUACGAUGACCCGCAGAAACACGUACGUAUGUACAGAUCGUUCCACCACUGACCGACACUCGCUGCUGCAGAACGGCAAAGACAACAGCUCUCUGUCUCACCGCCUCCCUCCCACCUCUCCCUCCACUCUCAGUAUUGUUGGAGCGGGAGCAUCCUCCUCCUCUUCCUCAGGUGAGCGCUGUCGGCUGACACGUGGAUCCACCAUCCGGAGCACCUUUCACGGGGGUCAGCUCCGUGACCGUGUACCGCCCACCUAUGGACCUCCGCCCACGUCGCCCACCCUCAGUCAUGACGCUGGAGCCCUGCCACCCAAUGCUCGCAGCCGGGCCACCUCUAACUUGUUCAGCAAACUCACCUCCAAACUCACACGCAGGGUCACAAAUGAAUCUGAGGGAGUCAGCAGAUCUUCGAUCACAGGUGGCCAUUUAUCUGGGGAUCAGAAAGCGUCCGAGCCCUGGGGCGGGGGAGGGGGGUGGGAUGUAAGGGGUCGUCUCUCCCGUCCCCCCCGGGCCCCUGCAGAAGUGGUACUGGCCUUGCGUGAGGCAGCGAGGGGAUGCGGCUGCCAGGUCCGGCACGCUGGCCCGUUUCUGCUGUGCUGCAGUCAUGGGUCGGCAGGGUCAAAAGUCGCAUUCCAAGCUGAGGUGUGCCAACUGAGUGUGGGUCCCACAGAGGCAAAUGGAGUACGCUACACACGCCUGUGGGGGGCCCCCCUCGCCUUCAGGCACAUCGCAUCGCAGAUCUCUAAAGAGGUGGAGCUCUGAGGGGACGGGGGAGGAGACUUGUAGACGUCCCCUCACUAUAUCCGUUGUUAUAGCGAACUGACGUUGACCCACCCCACCUAUGUGUUAUAGACUUAAAGCAAAAUCUGAUCCCUCCUUCAAUCAACACUGAACACACAUACAUGUAAACAAACACAGUCACCUUAAAAGCACGGGACACUCAAUCCUGACAAUAUGGAAAUCUAAAGUACAAAAACAAGCACACCCCUACCAUGAACAACAUAAACCUGAGCGCUUCUUAACACGGAUACACAUACACACACGCACACACUCUCUGAACAGCCUCAUUCACUGGAUCUGGAUUGAAUCCAGUUUAGUAUUUUUAUUCUCAUUCUAGUCAUGAAAUUCUUACUUCAAUAAUUGAUGUCAUUCUUUUUUUUAACCACUUUUGUAUGUUUUCAACAAGUCUUGACAUUUUAAACGGGUCAUCAUUUUUAUGUUUUUGUGAUUUGAUGUGUCUUACAUUUCUUAAUACUGAGUCGAACAUUGAAUCAUUUACAAUGUAGGACUGUAGCUGCCAAUGAACUAUAUGCACAAAUGUGAAGUUGGCAAACGUAUCCUAACUUCAUCAUAGCUCACGGUGCCCACCCAAAUCUACAUCACAUUCGCUGGCGACCACAAAUUUGAUCAGGCUGCAAGCCAACCAUCUACACUUUGUUUUUGAGAUUGUCCAAGCUAAAUUUUGUUCCCUAGAAAAUCUGUUUUUCUGAUGUAUAGUGCCAGUUUACUUACUUCCUACCAUUUUUUAAUUUAGAAGAGACAUUUAAUGCCAAAUGACUUUCCCUGACCCUUUUCGAACAGGCUCGUUGAUUGGUUGGUUGUUAAUCCUUCAUUUCAACUCCUAUUUAGGGAUCCUUUGCAAAUAGUCACCUCUCCUUUUACCCAGUCUGAGUGGAGCUGAGGUUAUCACACGAGUGAUUUUACAAAGACAGAUGAUUUUAGUGUUCAGUGUUAUAAAGAAGCCACUCUUUCUGCAUUGUAGAUAUCUGAUUAAUUUGUAUGUCUAGAAAAACACCUUUCCUAUUUAAUUGUCAAUCUAGGUACUGACUAGAAAAAUUUAAAAUAGAUUCUCUACCACCUCGAGUAUUAAUCAAAUACAGAAAUGGUGUUUGCAUUGCAAAAUAUGUUGUGGCUUCGUAAUUGCCGACAUUAAAUUGAUUUUAAUUGGUUUGAAUUUAAAUUGGUAUUGAAAAAAAUCUUUUGAUCCCUUACCCAAUCAUUUUGGCACCAGAUAUCUAAAAUGCAGGACAUUUUCAUGCAGGAAGAAGUUCAGUGCUCUUACUAACGAAAUAUGUUUUUUGGGGCGAAUGCACCAACAGGGCUUUGAAAAAAGUGAUUUUUUGAUUGAAAAUCAGUUGUACUUGCAAUCUUGUAAUAAUAUGGCAUCUAUAUGGCUCUGUUUUCAUUGCAAAAUCUUAACAAUGCUGUGUAACACAAACAGAAAUGUAGUUUAAAAAUGGACAUUGCGUCAUGGACUGGCCAUGUUUUCGCUGUAACUCGUGUUGGUUUUUAGCCAUACACAAGUUUGUCUCUUUAACAGAUUGUAAGAAUGUUAUUAUCAAUUUAGCAGAGAUUUAAUUUGCAGGUUUGAGACCUGAAUCGAAGAUAUAUGCUGCUUCAGAUUGUUUUUAUGGGUAGAAAUAGGUUUGUUUGGAGCUUAUCCGUUUUUUCAAAUAAUACUCUUGGCUUGCUUUUUGACCAAACCAGUUCUGGUUUUUGUUGUAUAACAAGGCCUAGUUUUGCAAUAGUUGUCAAUUUGCCAAGCACAAAAUGAACAGCAAUUCACAACCGAGGGUGAUCAAAAUGUAAUUGUGAGUGGUGAUAAUUGUGCAAUAGCAAUAGAUGUUACUGUCAUGUCUAGAAGUUGUUUCUACCUUAGUGUAAAGCCAUGCUUUGGCCCUGUUGGUGCUGCCAGCCUGUAGACAGUGAGAUAUUGAGCAAGUACAUGGGUUUAAACAAUGAGUUUUUUUAGUAGGGAAGGUGUAUAGGACACUUGCUAGUUCAGUUUGGAUAAACACGUUGAUUUAAUAUGGUUGGUCUGUUACUUUUUGAUCGAGGAGUCAUUGUGCUGUCAUGUGUGAAAUAUGUUGUAGAUACUGAAGGGUUAUAUGCCAUUUUCUCCAUGUUUGUGAUGGCAUUUCCCUCUGUUCAUGAGAGGGUGUUGGAUUAUGGUACAGAAAACUUGAUUUCGAUUUUGUCUGCUGUAAGUAUGUCAAAUGCUUUGAGAUGCUUGAAAGUUCACUUGUGAUGACUGACUCCACAGGUAUCGCUGUGGUGCUUCACCUUUGACCUUUAGCCAGACAGUGAGCCUCCCAGCCCACCUUGCAAGUCUGCCAUCUCAUCGUCCAUCCACUUUUUGUUGUUCACUUUAUUUUCUGCCUUUGUGCCACACAUUCACAAAGACACCCAGUUUCUCCUCGUCCGACUGCUGAGUCACUGGAAAUCCUUGUGUCAUUGUUCUGUCUGCUCUGUGACUGGACUCCUGUUGUGGAGAUGCUUCCUGUUUCAAACUGAACAGGGUAAAGACUGCACGUCCUGGACCAGUCUGACCCGGUCUCCGCAUCAGACCGGCUCUGUCUGGUUUGGACUGCUGAGAUCUGUAUCUGUUCAACAUCCAUUAAGACCUCUGUGCACUCAUGUUGACUUGAAUCAGCUGCAUCCUACGGCUCUGUGGGUUUGUACCCAUGUUUGGCCACCGGAAGGCGCCAAUGUCUUAAAUGUGAACACUUCGAUUUGUGUAUAUUUGCACAGGUACUUAAUUUAUUUUCUAGAAUAAUUAUCUUGGGAGAAAAAAUACAUGGUUUAUAUCAGUCAGACUCUGGCUGUAUAUAAAGAUUAUGAUACUGAUGAUAAUAUUGUGAGUAUAGUAUAUACAGUAUUUUAGAAUUCCAGGUUAAUUCAUAGCUAGAGCAGAGACCCUCUGCUAGCUCUCCAGACGUUUCUAUGUGUGCUGAAGUGAAACACUAACCUGCAAUCCUGCAUGAUUCAGAGCAAGGAUGGAGAAAGAGAGACUACAUAUGUGAAAUAACAGAAUGGGCAAAAGCAAAAGAAUUUGAGGGAGAGAGAGAGCGUGUAUGCGUGUGCAUGUAUGUGUGAAUGUGUGCGUCUGUGUAUUGCGCUACUCUUUUGCCCUGCCUCCCUCUCUCUCUCUCUCUCUCUCUGCUGGUAGGAAAUGUUUGUGUGAGAGGAUUAUGGCAGACUUUUGCUCUGGCAGCCAUACUUGACCUGGAGUGAAAGUGUGUCCGUAUGAAUGAGCUUUUCUUAAUGUCAUUUAAAGGCAUUAAAAAGAGUAUUAGGGAGAAUUGUAAACUGGUGUGCCGGGCGCGUCACGUCUGAAUGGCAAAUCCCUCCAGUUCAGUGUUGUGCUGUCUGUGACGUAAACUGUCUGCUGUGACAUUGGGUUUCUCAUGAUGCAUUUAGCUAAUAUGCAAUAUGACAAGACAGAAGUCAGGUGGACAAACUAUAUACAUAUGAGAGAGCAAGAGAGAGACAGAGAGAUUAAAACCUUGAUGCUGUUUGCAGAAAGUAAUUUUUUUCCCCCAGAGGUGUUUGCACCUCUGGCCAAAUAUUAAAAUGGAAACAAAAGAUCUUGAGAGAAAAUAAACUUCACUGAUGUUGGCA